CCUGUGCAGCAACUCGAACUGAACGACGAGCAGCUCGCAUCGGGGUCACCGAUCGAGCUCCGCUUUGUCAAGUUCCAGCGCGUCUCGGCCUUGACGCUCUUUAUCGAAGAGAACAAUGGCGGCGACAUCUCGGCGCUCUCGAGCCUCCGCCUCUUUGGCGAGCCGAUUGCUGGCACCAACAUGAACGACCUCAAGAGCGCCGGCCACGAACAUUAG